AUGUCGAUUCCAGCUAAAAUCAUCCGGACAAAAUCAGAAGGAGCCGAAUGCAGCAUAUGCACGAACAUCAUAGGACAGCCGCGAGAAGACAACUCGAUAGAAGCGGGGAUAUACCUUCCUUGCGGCCACUUUUUCGGACUGCGAUGCCUGGCACGCAACGUCUUGGAGCGUCAAACCUGCCCGAUGUGCCGCACAGAGCUGCCGCGCGACGUCGUGAUGGACCUGAGACGCGUCCACGCCGGAGACCGAGGCUCCUCUGCCGCAGCGCACCGUCAUGAUCGAGCGGGCUGGCCGUUCAGCGAAGCGCGCGGGCAUGACGUGGCGCACCACGGCCUGCUCAACGUUUUCGGCGUCAACGUCGCCGCGCAGGACGUCGUCUCGCACGGCUACGAUACCUUGCCGGAGCAGAUCUUUGACGCCGGCGCCGGCCACGCCAGAGCGGCCUUCGCGCGGCUGGAUCAGCAAGGGAUGGCUCGUUCGCGAAGCGGCUCUGCUCGCGCUCACGCGCGCCGCACGGGCACCGGCGCGCGCUCCAUGCCGUCAAACCCGGCCUUGUAUUUGUCCGCGGACAACGAGCACGCGCUUCACGAGACAAGGCCGCCGCCGCUGGAGACGGCGGGCGGAGCACACGCGACGAGCCCCGGCAGCGGGUCCGGCUCGGGUCAAGCGCCGACGUCAAGCGCGCGUCGACCGCCGCGGGCGCAGGGCCUCGCCGACGGCGGCUUCCCCCCGGUUUUUGGCAUGCUCGACAGCAUCCGCAGCCGUGCCCUGGAGCUCGCGGGGGCACCGACGGCGCCGAAUUUUGUACGCGCGAGCGUCGGCAUGCUCGUGGGGGAGGACGGCGUGCGAGAGUUGCAAAACAGCUACGCGAGCAUGCAGGCGCAGCAUGCGUCGAACGGCCAUGACAACGUCCGUGGUUACGAUCGCUAUCUGCAAAUCGAUCACCUGGGUCGCCCUCGUCCCUAA